GAAGGGGGAGGAGGAUUUCAGGAGCGGAGCAAUUCUCUUCAUUUAGAGCGCAAGAACGCACGGAGUCAGCAAAGGGACCCGCAGAAACCUGCGGCGGAUUACCACCUCUUUUAAUCAGUAUCGUUGUAUCUAUUAUAUUACUUAUAAAACCUCAGUUACUUUAACGGAAAUGUUGGUUGAAGUUUCAAAGGGAUUUUUCCUCCUUCUCUCCUGCGUGUUGCUGGAACCAGUGUUUUCAGUGCAGAAUCAGAUGUGUGACAUGAUGAAGGAAAUAGACAAGGAGAGAGACCUGUGCGAGGCUCAGAUUGAGAACAUAACAACAGGUUGCAGUGGGACGUGGGACAAGAUCACCUGCUGGCCCAGUGCUGACAUUGGAGAGGUGGUUACCAUCCCUUGUCCCAAAUAUCUCUUCUACUUCUCUAGGGAUGUCCCCACACGUAACCUGUCCAAGACCUGCACUGAGGAUGGCUGGACCCCAAUCAGCAUAGACUCCUACAUAAUGGACUGUGGAUACAAUCCCAACAACACCAUAGAUGAUAAUAUGGGUGAAUUCUUCGAUGCUGUCAAAGUGGGUUACACCAUCGGUCACAGCGUGUCCCUCAUUUCUCUGACGAUCGCCAUCAUCAUAUUGUGUCUCUUUCGGAAGCUGCACUGCACGAGAAACUACAUCCACAUGCAUCUCUUUGUGUCUUUCAUACUGAAAGCUGUGGCAGUUUUCAUCAAGGACGUGGUUCUGUAUGAUGUUGGGGAGACAGAGAAUUGCCAGUCUUCAGUGGGCUGCAAGGCAGUGGUGGUCUUCUUCCAGUAUGGGAUCAUGGCGAGCUACUUCUGGCUGCUGGUGGAGGGCCUCUAUCUUCACGCCCUGUUAGCUGUCUCCUUCUUCUCUGAGAGGAAGUACUUCUGGUGGUACAUCCUGAUUGGUUGGGGGGCUCCAACCACUUUUAUCUCGGCAUGGGUGAUUACAAAAGCUUAUUUAAAUGAUCCUGGAUGCUGGGAGAUAAUCGAUGACAAUCCAUGGUGGAUCAUCAAAACACCUAUUUUGGUCACCAUACUUGUGAACUUUUUCCUUUUCAUUUGUAUAAUCCGGAUUUUGCGACAGAAGAUGAAUUGCCCCGACAUCGGAAGAAAGGAAUCCAAUCAGUACUCGAGACUGGCUAAAUCAACGCUGUUGUUAAUACCUCUCUUUGGGAUCAACUACAUCAUUUUUGCCGUCAUUCCUGACCACAUCCACCCACAAGUCAGGAUGGUGUUUGACCUUAUUCUGGGGUCAUUUCAGGGUUUUGUUGUUACAGUUUUGUACUGCUUUUUGAAUGGCGAGGUACAGUCGGAGAUUAAGCGUAAGUGGCGCAGAUGGAUGCUGCAGAGGUUCCUGGGUGCUGACACUAAGUACCAGCAGCCCUCCAUAGGCAGCAAUGGCAACAACUUCAGCACCCAGAUCACCAUGUUGACCAGAUGCAGCCCCACUACACGCCGGGCAUCUGGGUGUCAGGAGCACCUCUCUGCCAUCUGAAACCCAAGUUAACCCCUCUCCCAGUUUUCAUCAUCAUGUACUGAAUGUGUGGCUCAUAUUCACUGUUGCAAUGCAGUUGAUAUUGCUUACUUAAGGUCACUAUGACAUUUAGCACUGAAGCUAAUAUUUGUUCAUUGUAAUUUUAUCCAUUGACUAUCAGAAAGUGACAAGAACUCAGUGUUUUUCUUGCCCGGUUGUCAAGGAAUCUGACAACUUACCCAAAACAUGAGGACUUGAUAGCUAAAAAAAGGAACACUGUCAUUUUCACAGACAGUUUUGAGUUAAGGUGGAUUUGUUCAGGCAGGUACUUCCACUGUACUUGUCAACUGGUUUACUAGCAGGUCGUUUGAUAUCUACAUAAAGGCCAGUGUCACAGUGUCAUGCUUUGGGGAGGUAACAUGAUGAGUCAACCUGAACUGACUAUCAACAAGUUGUUGAAAAUCAAUUGUCAGUAUAAUGUUAAAUAAGUCUCUGAAUACAGCAGGGAAAAGUGUUUCAUGAUCACAAUGUGAAUGAAAGGGAGACAGGACCUUGGCCAGCAUUUACCAUCUGAUGUUAAGUAAUAGAUGGAUAGAGCCCGAGAUGAGCUGCAUCCUCUAAGAAACAAGAUGUUUAUUAAAAGGGUGUGUUACACGAGAGGACUCCAAGCACUUAAUCUAAUGGCCAUGUCGCUCAGGAGACCAUUGUUAACAACAUUAAUGACAGUGUCAGGCUGCCAUGAACAGUAGUCACAGAGAAAGAAUCUAUAGCAUAACCAACAUGCUGGACGUUCCUAUCCUGUGUGUGACAGUUUUAUUCAGGGCAAACACCCUGCUGAAUUACUGCCGGAUAACAUUCCAGAGGAGAGCUGAAACUCCUGUUUGCGAAAUUUAUCUCAGAUAUCAAAAGCUUUUAGUUUCAUCUGAGUGCACAGUCACUUAAUAGACAUUUAUUUUUUACUGUUUCUGCAUCUAAUGGACCAAAUGUAUUCCACUGUUAGUCUACAAUACACAACAUGGUGAAUGAAUAUGUGGUAGUAAAAAUCAGCUUCCGUUACCUGGAUUGCAUGGACAUUUCAUCACAUGUUAGUUUUCUGUUUUAUUCUAUUCUGUACUGCCAGGUGAAAUAUCUGUGUUGUAUAGUAUUUUUAGCCAUGCCAGCAGUGUUACAGUAUAGAUGACAUUGUCAUUUGGUUGGUCUAUUGCAUUGGUCCAGACUGAAAUAUCUCAGCAACUGUUGUAUAGAUUGCCAUGACUCCCAGUAGAUGAAUCCUAAUGACUUUGGUGAUUCCCUGACUUUUCCUCUAGCACUCAGUGUGGUUCAUAUUUGUGGUUGUGAGCGAAGUAUUAACUGGAUGGACUACCAUGAAAUUUAGUUCAGACAUUCAGGUUCCAUCCUGGAUGAACUGUAAUAACUAUGAUUAAGCCUCAAACUGUUCCAUCAUCAGGUUAAAAAAAAAGAUUUUGUCCAGCGCUUUUUGACCAAACACCUUUAUAACUAAUGACAUUCCAGCCUCAGCUGUACUUUGUGUUUAGUGCUAAUUAGGAAAUAUUAGCAUGCUAACAAACUAAGAUGGUGAACAGGGCAAAUAUGCCAACAUGCUACUUUAUAUAAUACAUUCUAUCAGCUAAACAUGAGUAUGGUGGCAUUGUCAUAGUCUUAGCAUGCUGACAUUAGCAUUAAACUAAACUCAGAGCUGAUAGCCAGACAUUUCUAUGAAGCUUCUCAUCAGAGAAGACAUUUUCCAGUUGUCAGCGAUUGUGUCAUAUUUCACGUGGGAAUCAUGUUGGAGUUUGAUGUUUACUUAGAUUCCCCCUCUUGUUCUUGUUGUACCAGUGUGUGUAAAACUGAAACUGAAUAGAAAUGAACUGAAAGUACCUCAGACUCAAUGUCACAGACACAUGUUGUACAUAAUGUGAAACUGUAAAUGAAAUGGUUUAUGAUGUCUCUUCUGGUGAUAACUUAUAGUGCUCAGGUGUCAACUGGAAAUUGAUGUUUACAUUUAAAAAUAUGUUUCUCCCUCAUGCUAUUUGUGUAAUGUCAAUACUGUUGAUGAAGUGUCUCUUAUUUGUCGCCAUGUAAAUAUCGUGUACAUUAAGUGGAAUCAGCUGUAAAUAUGUUAUUGAACAAAAUGAUGAAGAUGAAUAAAAUCCUUUGCACUGUGAA